ACGAGGUUGCCCAUUUCCAGAGACGUAGUGACGUGUGCUCUCUAGUGCCAUGGGCGGGGGCGGCUAUCUCCUCCUGGUAGUCAGCCCACCCUGGGCACCGGAACACAAGGAACCUAUCUUACAGCGUGUCGCAAAGGGGCUUCUGUCAUGGGACGUAAAAGUAACGGGGGCGGACUUGACAUCUGCCGAAAAAGCAUGCCUGUCCGUCAAAGUCAGUGCUGGGCCGCGCAACGAGCUGCUCAUCCAGCACUCGACGGAAACCCUCGCGCUGGAGGUGCUACUCCACCCGGAAGUGUCCACAUUGCGGCAGUGCUUCAAGAAUAUGAUGAUGUCCGGCACAGUGCACAAGCAUGUGGUGCACGCAGGAUACGCCUUCGCCGGCUCCGGAGAUUGGAUCCUGCAGGACGGGGUCUUCGGGCGCAAGGACAUGGACGGCGUCCUCGCGCAGCCUGAAGUUCAGCAGGUGCUGAAGAAGCAACGCCGCUAUAAACUUCAUGUGCAUUGUGCGGCUGAAGGUGCUUGGACACAGCCGGGAAUCUCCCUCAACCCAGCAGAUAUCGCCGACAGCUUGGCAGGGUCCGGUCCGUUGUUGUCCUGCCUGGACGAGGUGCUAUCCUGUCCCCCUCUAUCAACCCUCUUGCCUGCGUCAUCCGUCGUGGGCAACAUUCGAUUCCGUCGUCCCACCCUGUAUGUGUUCCCCGGAGGUCAAGGAGACUGUGCGUUGUUUGGUGUCAGCGGGUUCACGCUACUGGUCGACGGCGGUUUUUCCCGUCGGCCGUGCUUCUGGGAGUUCGUGCGCCACCUCGAUCGUCUGGACGCUCUCUUAGUGACGCGAUUUAAUCAGUCCAACGUGUGUGGCUUAGCGGCACUCGCACAAAGAAAGACUAUUGAGAGGGUGUACCCGCAGGUAGGUUACGUCUUUUGCAACGCGUCUGACAGUCAAGCAUCACCGUCGGACGAAGAACUGAAAAAAGAUCGCGAUGAGCUCCUGGUGAGUGUCGUGAACCAAGGUUUUACUUUCCUCAACGGCGUCAAGCAGAUGGGACUGAACCCACAACCUUGCCUUCGUAACCCUGACCCACUCAUACUGUACCAUAAGGUCGGCCAAGGAACGCUGGAAAUGUACGUCCUGAGUCCACCACCAGACUCCAAAGAGGUGUCUGAAUUCUUCAUUAAAUGGAGUUCCAGUUUCGAAUCAGGUACAGACCAGCCCUCCAUACCGUUGUGCGACGCGGCAUCAGUGUGCGCUCUUCUAGUGUGGAGACCCGCACAGAAGACGGACACCAUAACGAGGAUUUUAUUUUCUGGCAGCGCACCUCAAUCGAAAAUAUUCGAGGGCCUGAGACGACUAGACCACCUGGGAGUGCUCAGGAGUCGCGUGGUGACGACGGAAGAGUCGCUAAGCCUCAAACGGCCGGAAGUCGCCGACAAAAUGACCAGGGCGUCCUCCAUGCCCCCAAGGAUGACGACCGCGAAAAGAGUUGCGGGCAAACCCGAGUCACCAUCCAGGUCGCCGACGCGUUUUGAUAGGUCCAAGCAAGCGAAGGUGUCACCCGCAAGUAAGACUAUCGAGCAAAUAGCGAAGAAGCAGGAAGAAGAAGAGACAGACAAGAAGGAGGCGAGAAGGCCAGCCAAGAAAGUGGCCAGAAAGAUUAUUACCGACCAGGGUGAGAAACCGACUACUCAAAGAGUGGUACGAAGGGCUAAGUCUGAGGGAAGAGUCCGCGAUAAAAAUGCGGAAACAGAGAGCGCAAAGCCCUCGCAGAAGCUCACAGAGGACCAAGCUGAGGAAAAGCCGGUGGAGAAAACGGAGCCGAGGAGGGUUCCAGCAAAGGCGGCACCCAAGACAAAAGGCGCCAAAGAAGUAACCAAUAAAAGAGCCGUUGAAGCCAAGGCCGGUAGUGGGAAGGUUAGUGAAACGGCCAAGCCAAAGCCCAAGCCAGCAGCGACGAAACCUCUGCCUAGGGACACGAGGUCGCCCGCUAGUUCCGCGUCCAGUUCACCAAAACACGGACCCCCUAAACCACCAGCUAGGUCAAUACGCGGUGGCAUAAAGCCAAGCAGAACGACGGCAGCCACCGCUGUUGUAGAGGCCUUGCAGAAGGAGGAGCUAACAAAACGGUUAGCUACGGAAAAGGAUGCUAAGGAUGGAAAGCUUGUCGAAGCCGUAGCUGCGCAAGUAAUUUCCAUAGAGAAGCCAGUUCCUGCUCAGGAAUUGAAAGACCAGAAAAAUGUACAGAAGGAAGUCGCACAGAUUGCACCAUCUGUGCAAGAACUGAGAACUGAAAAAGACGUAUUGGUUAGCGACGACGACAUAUCUAUUCAAGAAAAAAGCGACGGCAAAGAGAAGAUGCAAAAAGAACGAGAUAUCUUGAAGGAGACGGCACCUGCACCUCCGAUUGAAGUCGUUCGUAAGAAAGGAUCAUUUAUUAAGGGUACGGUGGCCAAAGAUGAGGCGGAAGAUGAUGAGAAGGAGCCACCCAAAGAAGAUACCGGGAAGGUUUCUGAAAUUGGUGAGGGGUUGAAACCUACACCACUUUUAACUGGAGUGAGUCCCGUCAUGGAUGAUGAGAAACAAAUAGUUAGUGAUUUCAAGCCUGUUCAAGAAGAAAUCCGUGCAGAUGCAAUGGAAGAAGCCCAACUGACUGCACCAGCCUUAGAGAAGCACGUUCUGGAAGAGCGCGAAGACGAACCUUCUCCCGAACCAGCACUGACGCUCCCAUCGGAUAGCCUUCCGUCGCUGGAAGACGAGCUAUUGGCCGCGGACGGCAAGCUUCCUUUACAGGACGUUGUGCUUCGUCAAGCGAUUGAUACGGAGAGUCGCCUCCGAGCACUCUCUAGCGGUCAACGAACACCUGACUCACUGGACACGCCACGCGAAGGCCAAGAAGUGCUGCCUUCGACGGAAAAAGACGUUUUAGAUGCCAUUGAGAAGCACAGGCUCGUUGUAAAAGAAGGUGGCUCUGAAAUGCGAAGGAAAGAUUCUGUAGACUCUAUUGAGGGUAUCGUCGAUAUCAAACGUGAUGACGAAGAUUCCGUAGAAGUUGCACUGGAAGAAGGCAAACUACCGAAAUUUCAAGAAGUCGAGUCAAAACAAGAAGUGCUGGAGCAACUACCCCCGAAACCAAUACCCGUUCAGAAAAUCGUCGACGAUGCUGAGAAGACCGCAAUUGCUGAAGUCAGCGAUGCAGCAGAAGCCCCAGUGGAAGCCGAUAAAGUUCUGUCACCUGUUACUGGCGAAAAGAAAGACAAGGCCCAUGUACCCCAAAGCCCAACAGUUGUUCCCGCAGAAACGGUUGUUGAAAUCGUGGGGAUAGCUGAAAUUGCUCUUCUACCAACAGAAGCCAAAGAGGAGGUCACGUCAAAGGAACGUAUAGACACAAAACCACCGAGCACAACUGUUUCGACAGUCCAACCUGUUUCGGAAGACGAAAAGCUAGAACCAGAUGAACACGCGCAAGAGCCAGCACCUCCUGCUGACCAAGAUACCGGAGAAGUUGCGUUGGAAGAAAGCACGCUAUCGAAAUUUGAACAGGUCGAGCCCAAAGAAGAAGUGUUGGACACAGUACCGUCGAAACCAGCACCCGUUGAAAAAGUCAUCGACGACGCCGAGCAGACCGUCAUUGCAGAAGUUGUCGAUGUAGCAAAAGCCCCACUGGAGGUCGGUAAAGCUGUGUCGCCUGUUACCGGUGAAGAAGAAGACAAGGCCCAUGUAGCACAAAGCCCAACAGCUGCACCAGUAGAAACCGUAGUGGGGAUAGCUGGAAUUGCUCCACUACCAACAGAACCUAAAGAGGAGGUCGCGCCACAGGAACUUAUUGUUACAGAACCACCAAGCACUACUGUUUCGACAGUCCAACCUGUUUCGAAAGAAAAAAAGCCAGAACCAGAUGAACAUGCGCCAGAGCCAGCACCUUCUGCUGAUGAAGGUACCCGAGAAGCUGCACUGAAAGAAAGCAAAGUAUCGAAAUAUGAAGAAGUCGAGUCAAAAGAAGAAGCGUUGGAAAAACUGCCCUCGAAACCAACACCCGUUGCAAAAGCCACUGACGCCGAGAAGAUCGUCAUUGGCGAGGUCGUCGAUGCAGCAAAAGCACCAGUGGAGGUCGGUAAAGCUGUGUCGCCUGUUACCGGUGAAGAGGAAGACAAGGCCCCUGUCCCCCAAAGCCCAACAGUUGCACCUGUAGAAACGACCGUAGGGAUAGCUGAAAUUGCUCCAGUACCAACAGAAGCUAAAGAGGAGGUCGCGCCACUGGAGCCUUUUGUUACAAAACCACCGAGCACUACUGUUUCGACAGUCCAACCUGUUUCGAAAGAAGAAAAGUCAGAACCAGAUGAACAUGCACCAGAGCCAACACCUUCUGCUGACGAAGAUGCCGGAGAAGCUACACUGGAAGAAAGCAAAGUAUCGAAAUUUGAAGAGGUCGAGUCAAAAGAAGAAGUGUUAGAGAAACUACUCUCGAAACCAACACCCGUUGAAAAAGUCAUCGACGACGCCGAGAAGACCGCCAUUGCAGAAGUCGUCGAUGCAGCAAAAGCCCCAGUGGAAGUCGGUAAAGCUGUGUCGCCUGUUACCGGCGAAGAGGAAGACAAGGCCCAUGUACCCCAAAGCCCAACAGCUGCACCAGUAGAAACCGUAGUGGGGAUAGCCGGAAUUGCUCCACUACCAACGGAAGCUAAAGAGGAGGUCGCGCCACAGGAACCUUUUGUUACAAAACCACCAAGCACUACUGUUUCGACAGUCCAACCUGUUUCGAAAGAAGAAAAGCCAGAACCAGAUGAACAUGCGCCAGAGCCAGCACCUUCUGCUGAUGAAGGUACCCGAGAAGCUGCACUGAAAGAAAGCAAAGUAUCGAAAUAUGAAGAGGUGGAGUCACAAGAAGAAGUGUUGGAGAAACUACCCUCGAAACCAACACCCGUUGAAACAGUCAUCGACGACGGCAAGAAGACCUCCAUUGCAGAAGUCGUCGAUGUAGCAAAAGCCCCAGUGGAAGUCGGUAAAGCUGUGUCGCCUGUUACCGGCGAAGAGGAAGACAAGGCUCACGUACCCCAAAGCCCAACAGCUGCACCAGUAGAAACCGUAGUGGGGAUAGCCGGAAUUGCUCCACUACCAACGGAAGCUAAACAGGAGGUCGCGCCACAGGAACCUUUUGUUACAAAACCACCAAGCACUACUGUUUCGACAGUCCAACCUGUUUCGAAAGAAGAAAAGCCAGAACCAGAUGAACAUGCGCCAGAGCCAGGACCUUCUGCUGAAGAAGAUACUGGAGAAGCUGCACUGGAAGAAAGCAAAGUAUCGAAAGUUGAAGAGGUCGAGUCAAAAGAAGUGUUGGAGAAACUACCCUCGAAACCAACACCCGUUGAAAAAGUCAUCGACGACGCCGAGAAGACUGCCGUUGCAGAAGUCGUCGAUGCAGCAAAAGCCCCAGUGGAAGUCGGUAAAGCUGUGUCGCCUGCAACCGCUGAAGAGAAAGACAAGGCCCCUGUACCCCAAAGCCCAACAGUUGCAUCAGUAGAAACGACCGUAGGGAUAGCUGGAAUUGCUCCACUACCAACAAAAGCUAAAGAGGAGGUCGCGCCACAGGAACCUUUUGUUACAAAACCACCGAGCACUACUGUUUCGAUAGUCCAACCUGUUUCGAAAGAAGAAAAGCCAGAACCAGAUGAACAUGCGCCAGAGCCAGCACCUUCUGCUGGCGAAGAUACCGGAGAAGCUGCACUGGAAGAAAGCAAAGUAUCGAAAUUUGAAGAGGUCGAGUCAAAAGAAGAAGUGUUGGAGAAACUACCCUCGAAACCAACACCCGUUGAAAAAGUCAUCGACGACGCCGAGAAGACUGCCGUUGCAGAAGUCGUCGAUGCAGCAAAAGCCCCAGUGGAAGUCGGUAAAGCUGUGUCGCCUGCUACCGCUGAAGAGGAAGACAAGGCCCCUGUACCUCAAAGCCCAACAGUUGCAUCAGUAGAAACGACCGUAGGGAUAGCUGGAAUUGCUCCACUACCAACAGAAGCUAAAGAGGAGGUUGCUCCACAGGAACCUUUUGUUACAAAACCACCGAGCACUACUGUUUCGAUAGUCCAACCUGUUUCGAAAGAAGAAAAGCCAGAACCAGAUGAACAUGCGCCAGAGCCAGCACCUUCUGCUGACGAAGAUACAGGAGAAGCUGCACUAGAAGAAAGCAAAGUAUCGAAAUUUGAAGAGGUCGAGUCAAAAGAAGAAGUGUUGGAGAAACUACCCUCGAAACAAAUACCCGUUGAAAAAGUCAUCGACGACGCCGAGAAGACCGUCGUUGCAGAAGUCGUCGAUGCAGCAAAAGCACCAGUGGAAGUCGGUAAAGCUGUGUCGCAAGUUACCGGCGAAAAGGAAGGCAAGGCCCAUGUACCACAAAGCCCAACAGCUGCACCAGUAGAAACCAUUGUGGGGAUAGCUGGAAUUGCUCCACUACCAGCAGGAGCUAAAGAGGAGGUCGCGCCACAGGAACCUUUUGUUACAAAACCACCGAGCACUACUGUUUCGACAGUCCAACCUGUUUCGAAAGAAGGAAAGCCAGAACCAGAUGAACAUGCGCCAGAGCCAGCACCUUCUGCUGACGAAGAUACCGUAGAAGCUGCGCUGGAAGAAAGCAAAGUAUCGAAAUUUGAAGAGGUCGAGUCAAAAGAAGAAGUGUUGGAGAAACUACCCUCGAAACCAACACCCGUCGAAAAAGUCAUCGACGACGCCGAGAAGACCGCCGUUGCAGAAGUCGUCGAUGCAGCAAAAGCCCCAGUGGAAGUCGGUAAAGCUGUAUCGCCUGUUACCGGCGAAAAGGAAGACAAGGCCCAUGUACCCCAAAGCCCAACAGCUGCACCAGUAGAAACCGUAGUGGGGAUAGCUAGAAUUGCUCCACUACCAACAGAAGCUAAAGAGGAGGUCGCGCCUCAAGAACCUUUUGUUACAAAACCACCGAGCACUACUGUUUCGACAGUCCAACCUGUUUCGAAACAAGAAAAGCCAGAACCAGAUGAACAUGUGCCAGAGCCAGCACCUUCUGCUGGCGAAGAUACCGGAGAAGCUGCACUGGAAGAAAGCAAAGUAUCGAAAUUUGAAGAGGUCGAGUCAAAAGAAGAAGUGUUAGAGAAACUACUCUCGAAACCAACACCCGUUGAAAAAGUCAUCGACGACGCCGAGAAGACCGCCAUUGCAGAAGUCGUCGAUGCAGCAAAAGCCCCAGUGGAAGUCGGUAAAGCUGUGUCGCCUGUUACCGGCGAAAAGGAAGACAAGGCCCAUGUACCGCAAAGCCCAAAAGCUGCACCAGCAGAAACCGUAGUGGGGAUAGCUGGAAUUGCUCCACUACCAACAGAAGCUAAAGAGGAGGUCGCGCCACAGGAACCUUUUGUUACAAAACCACCAAGCACUACUGUUUCGACAGUCCAACCUGUUUCGAAAGAAGAAAAGCCAGAACCAGAUGAACAUGCGCCAGAGCCAGCACCUUCUGCUGAUGAAGGUACCCGAGAAGCUGCACUGAAAGAAAGCAAAGUAUCGAAAUAUGAAGAGGUGGAGUCAAAAGAAGAAGUGUUGGAGAAACUACCCUCGAAACCAACACCCGUUGAAAAAGUCAUCGACGACGAGGAGAAGACUGCCAUUGCGGAAGUCGUCGAUGCAGCAAAAACGGCAGUGGAGGUCGGUAAAGCUGUGUCGCCUGUUGGCGGUGAAGGGCAAGACAAGGCCUCUGUACCCCAAAGCCCAACAGUUGCACCAGUAGAAACGACCGUAGGGAUAGCCACAAUUGCUCCACUACCAACAGAAGCUAAAGAGGAGGUCCCGUCACAGGAACCUAUUGUCACAAAACUACCGAUCACUACUGUUUCGACACUCCAGCCUGUCAGAACAAAAGAAAAACCAGAACGAGAUGAACAUGCGCCAGAGCCAGCACCUUCUGCUAACGAAGGUACCCGAGAAGCUGCACUGGAAGAAAGCAAAGUAUCGAAAUAUGAAGAGGUCGAGUCAAAAGAAGAAGUGUUGGAUAAACUACCCUCGAAACCAACACCCGUUGAAAAAGUUGAAAAAGUCAUCGACGACGCCGAGAAGAUCGCCGUUCCAGAACUUGUCGAUGAAGCAAAAGUCCCAGUAGAGGCAGGUAAAGCUGUGCCGCCUGUUACCGGCGAAGAGGAAGACAAGGCCCAUGCACCCCAAAGCCCAACAGUUGCACCAUUAGAAACGGCUGUAGGGAUAGCUGAAAUUGCUCCAGUACCAACAGAAGGUAAAGAGGAGGUCGCGUCACAGGAACCUAUUGACACAAAACCACCGAGCACUACUAUUUCGACACUCCAACCUGUCACAAAAAAAGAAAAACCAGAACCAGAUGAACAUGCGCCAGCGCUAGCACUCCCGGUUGCUGAAGACACUGGAGAAGUUGCACUGGAAGAAAGCAAGCUAUCGAAAUUUGAAGAGGUCGAGUCAAAGGAAGAACCGUUGGAGAAACUACCCUCGAAACCAACACCCAUUGAAAAAGUAAUCGACGACGCUGAGAAGACCGCGAUUGCAGAAGUCGUCGAUGCAGCAAAAGUCCUAGCGGAGGCAGGUAAAGCCGUGUCGCCUGUUACCGGUGAAGAGGAAGACAAGGCCCCUGUACCCCAAGGCCCAACAGUUGCAUCAGUAGAAACGACCGUAGGGAUAGCUGAAAUUGCUCCUCUACCAACAGAAGCUAAAGAGGAGGUCGCGCCACGGGAACCUUUUGUUACAAAACCACCGAGCACUACUCUUUCGACAGUCCAACCUGUUUCGAAAGAAGAAAAGCCAGAACCAGAUGAACAUGCGCCAGGGCCAGCACCUUCUGCUGACGAAGACACUGGAGAAGCUGCACUGCAAGAAAGAAAGCUAUCGAAAUUUGAAGAGGUCGAGUCAAUAGAAGUGUUGGAGAAACUACCCUCGGAACCAACACCCAUUGAAAAAGUCAUCGACGAUGCCGAGAAGAUCGCCAUUGCAGAAGUCGUCGACGCAGCAAAAGCCCCAGUGGAAGUCGGUAGAGCUGUGUCACCUGUGACCGGCGAAGAGAAAGACAAGGCCUCUGUACCCCAAAGCCCAACAGUAGCACCAGCAGAAAUCGUCAUGGGGAUAGCUGGAAUUGCUCCACUACCAACAGAAGCUAAAGAGGGGGUCGUGUCACAGGAACCUAUUCACACAAAACCACCGAGCACUACUGUUUCUACAGUACAACCUGACACAGAAAAAGAAAAACCAGAACAAGAUGAACAUGCGCCAGAGCCAGCACUCCCGGCUGCUGAAGACACUGGAGAAGUUGAACUGGAAGAAAGCAAACUAUCGAAAUUUCAAGAGCUCGAGUCAGCACCAGAAGUAUUGGAGCAACUACCCUCGAAACCAAUACCCGUUCAAAAAAUCAUCGACGAUGGCCAGAGGACCGCCAUUGUGGAAGACAUUGAUAAAGCCGAAGCCCCAGUGGAGGUUGGCAAAACUGUUUCGUCUGUUUCUGGCGAAGAGGAAGACAAGGCCUCUGUACCUCAAAGCCCGACAGCUGUACAAGAAGAAACGGCCGUAGAAACCGUAGGCAUUGCUGAAACAGGUGCUCUGCCACCAACAGAAGCUAAACAGGAGGUUACAUCACCUGAACUUGUUACCGUUACGAAAGAAAAAAAGCCAGAACCGGUCGAACGUACGCAAGAGCUAGCAUACGAAAAGGAUGCUCCUCAGACAGAACGCGCAUUGCAAGUAGAUGAAAGUGUGACCGAAUCACGUCAAGAGCCUCUGAAGGAUAUCUCGCAGGACCUUCCACAACAAGGCGCCGGAGAAGCCCCCGUUACUGCCGAGGCUGAACUUCAGCAGUCUGCACUCGAUGUUUCUACGAAAGAUGAGCCUGAUGAGCCUACGAAAAAAAAGUCGGCAAAAGAAGUACCCACCGGUGAGCCUGUUGUCGGCCUUGAGACGACGUCUACUGCUAAACCUGAUGCCAUACAAGGAGCCGACGAGAAAGCCCUUGGCGACAUCACAAAAGAAAUAGAACAAGAGAGGCGAGUUGUGGAGACCCCCAAGGAACAGAUUGCAGAAGAAAUACCACUGAAAACUGAAGGGGAACGUACAGGGAAGACAGUGGUUGCGAUCACACGUGGGGCUACGGAGCCCAGCAAGUUGCUAGAGCAAAAAGAACGGCCGUCAGCAGAGGAGCCAGUAUCACCUACCACUCCGAGUGUAGGUGAUGCCAAGGAGGAAAUAUGUGACAGGGAAAGGGAAGAAAUUAGCCCUCUUCAGAAAGUGGUGGCCAUUGAGACGGAGAAGGUUAUUGAAGUCGUUGAAGAAAUUCGCGGUGAUGCCACAAAGGAUGUCGUUGCGAGACAUGCAGAAGCUACGCGUCUAGAUUUGUCUGCAGACAUGCGAAGCGAAAGAUCUAAGGCGCCUACACUGAUAAAGGAAACCAAAAUGAAAGAACUUGAGAUUCCGGUAGCAGAAUCAGACCUCGGUAAACCAGCUGACGCAGAGGACACGUCAGGGACCGUACUAGAAGGAACGCAGAAGGAUGACGCGCACAAAGUGCUCAGUGAAGUGCCUAUUUCUUCAGAUGAACGAUUGGCGGAGCCUCCCGCUGCAGAGACUACGCUAGAAGAACUAGAAGUUGCCGCGGAAGAACCUGUAGAAACUCGUGUGUCAGUAGAAGGAAAGCAUCCCGAACACGAUGCUACAGUUGCAGAACACCCGUCGCCAACUGUUGCACAUUUGGCAGAUGGUAUAUCGCCUUUAGAAGGCGACAAGAGCCACGGCCAGGAAGCAGUCUUUGGAGAACAGCUCCCAGCAGCUGCUGAUGGAAAGACAGUAGAGCCGGAACACCCUCCAACAGGGGAUCUGGGCGAACUCUACGCAGGAAGACCGAAAGAGUCUGUCGAAGGUGUUGUCUCUCACGCUCACGUGGAACGAUUUGAAGCUGACGUUGGUACACAAGCAGGAGUUCCAAAGGUAACCGACGUGCUGGUGAGCGCUGAAGAAACAGAACAGCCUACAGAAGUAAAGGACGUUCGGCUGCCUGAAAAAGAACCGCGCAGAGAAGGUGAUGCAGUGCCUCAAAUAAGGCGCGAGCCCGCUUCUCACAAAGAUACCAUGCCGUCGGGGACGCCCCUAGGAGAUAAGGAUGUUGUUCCAAAGACUCAACAAAGCCACGAGGCUAUUCCGGCCAGAGACCAGCAGUUGGCGGAUGAGCUGUUGUCUCUAACAAGAAAGUCGUCGAAGCCCCAGUUGGAAGAUGAAAUCAUCGAUGACUUGAAAUUAGCUGUCGGAGCUAUUGUGCCUGAUGACGCACAGACUGAAAGAGACACCUCUAAAGAGGAAAUUAUUGAACGUGGUAGUGCCGUAGAGCUCGAAAGUGUCCGGCCAGAAAGUUUGCACAAGGAUACAGGAGAAGUGAUUGGAACGGCCAAGUCGACUGCUGAUCAGUUUAAAGAGCUCGAGGCACUACCUGCUGCCCCUACUGAAGAACCUUCAGUAACUGAAGAGACUGUCUUCGCCUAUACACAAGAAGUUAUUGGAAUACCUGCACCUUUGAGGGAGAAAGGGCGCAUAUUAACUCCCGCUGAAGAGCGAAGUGAACAGGAAUUGCUCGCCGAUCUUACCGAACAGCUAAUUUCGGAGCAGUUGGCAGAAUCAAUUGUUAGCGAUGAGCUCAAGAGGCAUGAGAUACUGGAAGAAACGCCGUUCGAAAAGGAGGAACCAGGCGUAGAUCACAUGCGUGACGUGCUUUACAAGUCCACACCUCUACAAAGACCUACUGACCUUGCUGAGCUUGUGGAAAUAGGUGGACGAGCUGAAAUAUGUACAGCAGAAGAAAUUGAACAGGAGGAACUUUUGUCACCAUCGGAUGACGUCCCGCCUUCCAUUGAAGAACUGAAAGAAGUUCUCAGGGGAGAACAUGCCACGAAAAAGCUGGUGGCCAGAGCAGAAAAAGUAGAAGUGAGCGUUGAGCCCCUCGCAGUGAAAGCAGCAAAAGAGCAUGAAGCUGAUGAUCUGCUCACUGAAGAGAGGGAUGUUUCUCGCGAGCUUGGUGGAGGCAUAGAGACCCAAGCAGAGUACCAACGUAAGACUGAACAGGAUGUACCAACCGCCUCUGAAGGUGAAGCAAGAACUGAAGAUACAGAUAAACACUUGGAACCUUUAGUGGGAAAGCAAAUAGGAUCUACUGCUGCUGAACAAGAUGUCUUAAAAGAACCUGUGGGCAGUUUUCCUGCAGAAGAGGUGCGCAGAGCACGCGAAGACGAAGAAGGAAGGGAGAUUCCUUCAUUGUUAGCAGAAAUUGAAACACUGAAACCAUCGACUACCAGUUACGAAGAACAUCCAACAACUGGUGACUUCUCAAGCACUCCAGACACCACUGAGAUAAUCCGAGACGAGAUUCCGAAGGAAAAGGCAGCGGCUCAGGCGAGCCUUGAAAUGCCACAUGAAGCGGCGCGAGAACCCGAACCUGGUGAUACACCCAAAGCAGCAACUGCCCCUCUCCUGCCAUCGGAAGACACGCCGACUCAAGAACCAGCUGAUAAACAAGUGGAAUCACUCGACGGUAUGAAAGAACCAUCUAAAGGUCACGCUGCCACACAUAAAAAAAUAGAGCCAAGAGGAUCUGAUCAAAAAGUACCAAUUGAAGCUGAACACGAAGAAGUAAAGUCAACAGCUUCUGUCGAUGGCAGCACCUUUACGCGAACGCAGGCAGUUGCAGAGAAAGCUCUAGAAGAAGGCACAGCAAUGCAUGCAGAAACAGAUGAAAAGAAAGCGUCACCGGCGACAGCAGCAAAGGAAAAAGCACCAGAGUCGGAAAUCACUACUCUGGCAGAACAGACUAAAGCUAGUACUGACAGCGUAGCGACAGCUAUUGCACGUGUUGAUGAUGGAGCCCAAAGGAAGGCGGUAGAUGGUGUACAGGACUCGGCAGUGGUAUCAUCCCAGCGGGCAUCGCCAGAUGCAGAUGUCGUAGGAUCGAAAAAAGAUGUGAGCGCUGAUGAAGAACCUCAACUUAAACACACCGCAGAGAAAGAUCUAUCAGCGGAGAAACGUGAAGACGAACAAACAACGAAAGGUACGAAGGUGCUGCAUUCUGGAACACCAGAAGAUGAACGACAUCAAGAACUUCUGCAUGACGAUGUCCAAAAGACAGGAGAUGAAGAGCGUCUUGCAGGGGAGGCGGCUAUUAGUCAUCUUCCUGAGAAGCCUUUGACAGAGUCCACUGAGGAAUAUCACCCGGUGCAUGUAGACGGCAUUGCGUCAUCAACUGCCUUGGACAGCUCGUCGCCAGACACCGAGCAGCAAGAACUGCUCGUAUGUCCCACUGAACAGCCAAUUACCGGGCAGUUGAAGGAACCAAUUGCUAAGAAAGCACCCGAGGACGAGUCUGUCCUCGAUGAGGCUGUAGCGCCGAAUCAUCUGGAAAAGAAAGCUGAUGGUCAGGAAAAGGAUGACGUUGUAGAAAAAGCUCCAGCCGAUGUCCCACGGGAAGCCAAAGACAAAGAAACAGAAGUGCCAAAAGCACAAGAAAAAUCGAAAUCGGCAGAAGGCGAACAGACGCUGACGUCAAGUUUGCAGACUCAGUUACCAAUUGAAGGGCCAACGUCAUUACGGGAAAAGGCGCUUGAUGAAGUAGUUCUCAAGGCGCAAAAGGAACCCGAAGAAAGCAAGUCGUCGUUGUUGGAAGGUAAAACAUCACCUGGUGAUCGAGAGCCAGAAACUAGAUCUGACGAAAAACAAUUACCAAUGCCUGAAGCUACUGAGAAGCAACCCCCGCCAGAGGUAGGUGACAAAGUAGGGGUUGCGCCUCAGAAGGAACAGCGUGGCACAGCAGCAGAAUUAGUAGGUGAAAUUCCUACUAAAGAUCAUAGUAGAGGCGUAAUCGAAGAACCCGAAAAGAAAACUGAUGAGAUUGAGAUUGCUGGCAAACAACACGUCGCAGAAUUGCACGUAGAUGACACAAAAGAAAUGAUACGAGAAUUACCGAAAGGGCUCCACGAUAAACAAGGAACAGAUGUCUUAAUCCAGGAUCGAGAGUCUGAAGAGCAAACAGACCAAGAAUUGAUUUGUCGAUCGAAACGUGCGGAGAAAGAUGUUUCUCCAGAAAUAGCUGGGGUUGCAGAGGAUGUACCACGGAAGAAAUCGGUGGUACCGGAAUUGCCGGUGGAGCCUUUGGAGGAUAUCGACGGCAGACGUGUGCCAGAGGAUGAACCUUCGAAUGAAAAGUUGGGAGAGAUAGUGUCAUCCAUACCGGAAAAUGGUGAGAAGCAGCAUCUCGCAAAACAAGCAGUGGAGGAUGCGGUACGAAAGGCGCCCGUGGAAAAAACGCCGCAGCUGGAGACAGAAGCCCAUGAUGAAGCCUUAACAGAAGGAAAGAAACCUGAAAGGGAAGAAAUAAUCGACCGACAAGGGCAGGACCUGUCCCAUACUACAGGGAAGGACGUAUGCUCAACAGAAGAACCUGGAAAAGGAGAUGACAAAGAACCUCUGCAGGCAAGAGAAAAGGCGGUGCCAGAACUGGAAACAACGCCUCAGGAGCCUGAGCAGCUCGAAAUGACGAAAGAAGAGACAAAAUCUGAAGGCGUGUUGGAAACGGCGCGAAAGGUAGACGACGAUGCCGAGGCUGAACGAGAGAAUGUUGAGAAACCGCACAUUUCUGAAGGCGUGCCGAGAAAAAUUGGAUUAGAAGACGUUUCCCAAAAAGAGACGUCAAAGGGGGACAUUGAAAAGCCAGUAGUGGUUAAAACUGAAUCUGUGCCAGAAAUAAGUAGCGCUAAAAUCCCGCAGCUCCCGGAAUGUGUUAUUGAAGGAAAGGAACCAUUCGAAGGAAAGCAACGAGAAAGCCAGAUAAUGGAGCAAGCAGAAGAUAUUAAACAGAAAGAAGCAGAGGAGCGCUCACUUCUUCCUGAUACACGUGUGUCGAGGGACGACGCUGAAACUGCUGAGUACACUAAGCAUGAUGUUCCCUCUGUCGAGAAAUUAGCCCCUCUCGGCUCUGCUACAGAGACUCCUGGAAAGACAGAAGCUACAAAAGCUGUAGACAAAAUAGAAGAAAUGACGCCCCAAAUUGCACCUUCUGAAAAGAGGCCAUCGGUGGGUGAACCAGUGACAUUGAAGGAAGUUGAUGAACCGGUACGGAAGGCCGUUGAAGAAAAGGAACUGAUGGAGGCACCACGGGAGCCCUUAAUGGGCGCUUCGCGGGACUUGCUGGAAAAAAGUAAGCCGAUGACAGUGCAGGAGGAUGUAAGAGAUGCAUCGGCUGCAACGCGAAAUCAGGAGGAGCAGCCGUUGCCGGUGCAAAAGGACAUAUGCACAGAGGAGAAAGGAACUGUUGAUGAACAAAUGCUGACUGAAUCUGUGGUAGGAAAAGUCACAAUCGACGCGUUGCCCAAGAUAGAGACGCGAGAAGAGCCUGAUGUAGACAAGGAAGAAAAGGCAGAAAGCUUGAAAGCGACCGAGGAGGAGCGAGGAGCGAAGAAGACAGAGAGCGACACCACAAAAGCCGACACCGCAGAAGCUCCCGAUCAGCUGACCUCAGAAACGCUGAAAACCGAAAUAUCAAGCGCUCAAGCGCCAGUUCCUGAAGGUCGCACGGCGAGCGAGACGGUUGGAAGAGCUGUGGAGAAAACUCACGAGGGCGAUGUUACAGAAGAAAAAUUGGAACAUGAUACCCACGAUCGAAGAACAGCUCUAGGAAAAGAACCUACUCAAGAGCCAGCACACCCAGUCAUGAGCGUGGCUGCUACAGCCGAUACAAAGGAAGUCACCGACGAGCUGAAGCCUUCAGACGAAAUUCCACGUGUGACUACUACUAGUCAAAAAAGUAUCGGUGGUUCGGAAGACGUUCGCAAGAGUACACUGGACGAUACGGUUGGUGAGGACGAGGUGACGGAUGAAACUCGAAUGGAAUCGCCCUUACCUCAAAUGAUUGCUGAAAAGCUGUCGCCAACAGAAAGUACGUACAGCAAAGAACCAUCAGAGCAACGCGUGCCGCCUCCAAAGCCAGUUGACGGCAGAGACACGUUAGCGGACACGUUAAGUCAUGAUCGUGUUGAUUUGACUACUGUACCAGUAGACUUGCACACUGACAAAGUUGAUUUUGUUUCUGGAACGUCGCAGCAAUACUCUACGAGAGAGAAAUUGACUCAAGAUCUAGUGGGUACGAAGGAGCCCGAGUUUCGUAGAGACGCUGAUGAAGCUGUCAAAGAUACGUUGGGAAAAGAAACAGAGCUUCGGGAUAUUGUAACAGAUACAUCAGUUGCUGAAGAGAAGGAAAGUUCUUCAUUGAUUGCACCUGAAAAGGAAAAGCUGUCGAAGCCCAAAGAUGGGUCUGUCAUUCCUGGAACAGUUAGCGGUCUUCAAAGUCAGGUUCCGGAAGCAGUACCUGAUACACUUCCAACGGACUCUGUACCUAGACAUGGCAUUCGAUUGACAACGAUUACGACACACGUGCAUGAGGAACUACCGCAAGCGACAGUAGACAUAAAAGCAGUGGUAAAAGAUUCACACGAAUCGCUUGAUGGUGCACAGGAAACAGAGGAGUGCACGUUAGAACAGAAAGACGGUGCUGAACAAUUAAAAGACGGUAAGACACCAAGCGGUGACGUCAAGCGUGACACUUCGGAAGGCGACACACGCAGCGAUGGCCUCACGGCGCAUUCAGUGUCAGAAGGUGAGUCUUCUGUCGCAACACGGGCAAGGAUUCUUGAGAAAGUUCUUCCUCCCAUAUUUGCUGAAAUUGCUGAUGAGCCAGUGAAAGACCCUGCUGCGCCUCCAGGCCCAACGGAUCUAAUGGCAACCCCCGAAUUAGAUGUCCUGCAGAAAAAGCGGCCCUCCAUUGAAUAUGAAAGCUCCAUCACGUCUGUAUCUGAAGUUGAAUCUGGAACGGAAGGUAAACCAGUACAGGAUAUUGAGUCUCACGUGCAAACGAAGCAAUCCCCAGAAACAACGAAAGAGCUGCAGCAGGAAACAUUACAGCCGUCAAGCCCAGAUGAUUCUUUGCCGUCUUCUCCAGUGAAGAAAGUUGCCGCUGAUUUUCAACGAGCACAAGAGAAGCCUCCGUCGAGAAAGGCCCGUUCAAGCACUAUCAUAUCACAAGGAUCGUCAGAGGCAGACAUAUCAAGCGAAGAAGAAGAGUUGCCAAGGAAAGGAAGUCCUGCGAUCUUCUAUCCAUCUACCAAAGCCGGCUUCGAUGGCAGCGCAAGUAUCCCGAAGUCUGUGACGGAGCAAGUACCGAGAAGUAUAUAUAAAGACGUGCCAAGCGAAGGCUCAACCGAGCGACAUUUGGAACGCUUCGGUCACAUUGCAGAGGCUAGCAAAGAAGAAAUCGACAAUAUCAGAGAAUUUGUCACGCAAGCCGAGGUACAUACGAAGGACGACGAUGAUGCGCCUAAAAUGACUGGAUCUCCAUACGAGCCUGCUGUAAUACGUGAUACGUCGAGCACUACUGAAACCCACACUGCAGAAGUGCAUGUACGUGAGCCCUUGCCAGGGGAUACCGUAUAUUUUGACGUAACUUUCGUGCAAGAAAUUCGCAAAGAACAAGCAGACACAAGCCGCAGGCAGGUAACAGUCUCAAAAACGGAAAAACAUGAUGAAACGUCGCCCCUGAGAGUUUCUACUGGCAAAGAUCCCCUUUUGGAUAGCUCAACCGAAGGUGCUGAUACAGAAGAACCUGCCACAAAGAAAGAACCUACCAUGGAUGAAACCGUUGCGUCGUCUGGUCGUGGACCCACAACAUGUCUUACAGAUAUGCCAACAACAGAGGACAAAAAAGGGGACGUGCUAGUAUCCCAGCCACGUACCGAAAGGAUUGGCGAGGUGGUGGAGAUAACAUCCGAAAUCUGCACUGAACUCAGUACAACGCAUGCAGUAGCUGCAGAGAGGAUGUCAGAUCACGGUCGAACGUCACCCGUUAUUACUCGCCCACCUGCACAAGUGCAGGACACACAAGAUACGAGCAAAUCCGUGGAAGCUGUGCCUCUGGUUUCUGCGAGCACACCUUCAGCUAGUGAUGCUGAACAAUUAGCCGAGUACACGAGGCACCUGGACACUGCACAGGACGACCGCUUAAGCAUCGAUUCGUCGUACAGCGUAACGUCCGAAGAGAGGAGUUACACUGAACUAGAGAGGCCGUCGAUCAGAGGGAGUGAUACUCUCGUGGACCCAUCAGUCCUGUCAGCGAUGUCCGCGGAACACUUUGCUGCGAGAAAGCCCGCGGACAUCAAGGACGAAUUUUCAGAAGCCGGACUUCCGUUACAUGGUGGCCACAGCCAUGAUAUUGCUGCAGGCUUAGCAGCAGCACUGAGGACUGAAUUGUCGUGCGUUAUUGGUGCCAGCGACAUCGUCGAGGACACUCCUGUAGCAGAGGUACUGUCGAACGUGGAAGCACGUUCAGGCGACGAGCCAGCAGGGAGUCAUACAGGGCAUGCACCAGUCCUGUUUGAUGAACCAAUGAUGGUUCAUUUUGACGUGUGCAUUGAACAGGUGGUGGACCCACUCACCAGACGCAUACUUGCUGACUCUGGAAGCCGACGAGAACAAGUAAUCUCUAGAGAGCCCAGCGAGGGAUCUACGCAGGCAACAGAAACAGUGAAGUCAGGGGACGACAACGAACUGGAGUUGUCAUUCAAGAAAGCAGUCCGUCACGAACAGUCAGAUGAAGCGACCUUCCUCGAAACACCUGUGGCGAGUGAAAGCAGAGGUGCCUUGCCUUCAAGCGUGUUGCAGAACCACGAGAAAGUCGAUGAUUUGGAAGUGCACACGGGAGAGGGACUUCCGCAAGCGAAGCAUGAUGCACAUGCUUACGAUGGAAGUCGCAAAGAAAAGAUGCCUCCUGAAUCUGAAACAGUGUCAACCAUCGCUUCUGGUCUAGCAUCGAGCCUAGCUACAGAGCUUCUCUGCAUGGUUCCAUCAGGGGCACUUGAGGAAGGGAUCUCCAGCAUCGUAGCAAGGACGGACUCUCACGAUGAUGGUACAAGAGAUGGUUCCUGCCACACUGCAGAACGAACAGAAACGGUGCCUGAAAUAUCGUUUUCAGAACAUAAGGGAGCAGAUGUGAAAGAUGAGCAUCGUCCUGCAACUAUACUUGAUGUCCAAGAGCCGCACGAUGUAGUAGACAGUACAAUGAAGACAUCCACAUAUGAGACGCAAUCGCCGCCAGUAGAUGCAAAAGAGCACGCAGUCCAACGUACCAAAGAGUUAGGUUACCCAGACGACGAUACAAGUUCGGAAGGAAAGCAAGCACCGAUAGUCAGCCAUGACUACAAGAAAACGGCGAAGGAAACGCAUGACACAAGCGAGUUCCUGUCAGAAGUUGUAAAAGAACCGCACAUAGCCUACGCGCUGGCGUCAGGACUGGCAACAGAACUGCUCUGUGUCGCUCCUGAAUCGAUAAGCAUACAAGAAGACAUAUCAGACGUCGUUGCAAGAACAUACCCGCGCGAUGAGACAGGAAGCUGUGACAGCGAUAUAAAAGUCACUCAUGCUUCGGACCCCAUGGCUCAGGCCACCGAUUUGACAUCUACACUGCCAGGAGCACUUACACAUCGGGAAGAACUUGACAGUGGCUCGCAGCGCAUUGUAGACACCACGGAGCCCUCAGCACAAGUGGAACCUGCAGGGGAAAUGUUAAGGAGGAAGACGUCUUCACCGACUCCAGACCUCGCCGAAUCAACUACUGAUAUCUCGGAACAGACACCUGGAUCACUUGCAGUCCAAGAUAAGAAAGGAAUGGGUGACCGCUCGUCUACGUCAGAAAGCCCAGUGCAGUCCUCUGAUCACGUUCCGCAAUCAUCGCCCAACGUCGUCGCUGAAAUCGAUGAACAGUUGCAUGUCGUCAUGGCAUUAGCGCCUGAACAAACCACAGAAAUAGUCCACAUCGUGUCUAGUGAUUCGACUCAUGCUGAAAAGAAAAGUGGCAUAUCAGACGAUGUUGCCACAUCCAGCUCGUAUCCAGUAACAGAGGAACCCGACCGUAGCAGUUUGAGAGGCACUGGCCGUCCAAUGUCGGACACACAAACGCCUCGUAGCACCGACGACGGUGCUGAACACGAAGAGCGCUCUAGCACUUACGAGGAAUUGCGUGGUUUGCCCGCAUCACAGCCAUCAUCUCAAACGGACAUGUCGGAAUCGGCACGUCACGAACUCCACGGCGGUGAAGAGCGGCACAGUAUUUCAGGAAUAAGAGCAGCUCUACCGACAGAAUUCGUAUGCAUGACUAUUGGAACAACAGAGGUCAAAAGGAAGACAGAAAAGGAUAUUUCGGUUGUUGCUGGGAAAACAAGUUCUCUUGAGGAAACGGAAGAAUCAAGUACUCGCCGUACCGUUGCCGAUACAACGUUGGAAUCGGGAUCCCAGGAACACGUCGAAAAGCAGAGUAUGCCACCUACCCGAAGUGCCGGCGUUGACGCAGUGCGCAGUGAAGGCGAGGCACAUGUGAAAUCAUCACAUCACGUUGAACACACGGGUGUUGUCCUGCAGAAACAGCUAAUUCACAAACACGAAAAACUCGCAGUUUCUGAAUCUGUUUCAGAAGCGACUACAGUGACAUCAGGGGAAACUCCCUUUUCAAGAAGCGAGACUCACCAAGAAGAAGACGCUCGCGCAGCUUCCCAGCGUAGCUUCCAGGAGCGUUACACUGUGUCAUCUACUCAACACGCCACAUCAGAUAUAGCGGGCCGCCCGCCACCUGACGAAACAGCAAAGGAUGCUCCAUAUUCUCGUGAACAGACAGGAGCUCUUAUCCUUGAGCAGCCGGGAACAUCUCUUGCGGCGGGCCUGGCAGCUGGACUUGCUACAGAGCUGAUAUGCAUUCCAGAAUCGGCGGAACACGUGCAAAAGAAGGUGGCUCCAACUGAGAAGUAUUCGGAGCACUUAGGAGGACGUCAUAAGACCAUCGAAAGCGUUUCCGACAAACAGGUAACGUCCCAUGACGUCACAGAGGGUGAAGAACCUGGGAGCAUGACCAUAGUUACUCGAGUCUACAAGACCAUUCGCAUUUCGGUUCCAUCUUGGAUUUUCUCGCCUACGCUACGCUCUCAUGUUGUACAUACCACAUAUGAGAAACAACCACUAGAGGCAAUGCUGAGAUCGUCGUGCACGCUUUCGGGAGACGAUGUUCUUUCUGGGGAGAAUGUCUCGUACUCGACGGUUAGACACAUGAGCGCUGUACCUUCGGAGAUGCUCUCCUCAGAGCCAUCUGCUCCUCCCGCAUCUUUGCCUCGUUGUCAAGAGGUGUCUGCAGCGCCGCCGGAUCGCCACACUGUAUAUACGAGGUCCAGUGUCCAUCCAUUCUUUCCCGAGGGACAUCACGCGGUCGGCGUCUCGACCCUCGCAGACGACUUCAGCGACAGGGAACAAUUCAUGUCGGAUGCUCACCCACGUGUGAAGCAACACGCAGUUGUUACAACAAUACAUCACACGUCGGCCAUCCAACCUGAAGAGAUCCAACGCAUGUCUGCUUUGUCGGAGGGUAUCUUCGCUGAUCCUACCCUGGCGAGAAGGGAAGACGGUCAAACCACGCGGUAUAUCGUAAAAACCAGCAGAUCUUCUACUGCGUCUGACGAGCCCAUGUUUCAAGCGUCAGACGUGUCCCAAGAUGUUCGUGAAGUCCUGGGUGUCACCCGCGAAAUAACAUCGUCCAGUGGAGGACGAAGUACGAGACGAACGGAAGUUGGACCAACUGUCUUUAGAGAAGAGUACGCCCACCCACCACAACCGUUUGAGAUGCCCCCGGCAGAUAAGGCACCACCUGGUUACAAGACAUCCACCGACGAGACCGGUACAACUUAUUACUACCGAAUAUCAAAACACGCCGAGGAAGAGGAGUUCUCCCCUGAAUCACUGAGAGGAGACGAUGUAGAAGGCGUGGCAAACAUAACCGAAACUUCAAAGCUACCAGGGUCCCCUUACAGAAGCAUAGUGGUUCGACAAACAGUUCAUACUCCGAAGCAUACUGUACAAGUGACGACAUACGAAAGUGGGAUAUCAGAAGAUGAUGGACAUCACGAGGUGGUGACGUCUGACGACGAAAUUGUGCGCCACCCUAGUCCGCCUGGAAGUAGAGAGUUCUACUCUCACAUAGGAAGUGCAGAGACUCAGCUUCCUCCAGAAGGAAGCGAUCCUGAAACUAUCCUUCGCUUCAUGGCGGCGCAGACCGAAAAGGCCGCCAAACACAUGUUGAGCCGACCUGUGUAUGCUGAAGAAGAAGAGGAGGAAGAUCAGAGGUCAGAUAGAAGUUCAAGUCCAGCAGUCGAAGAACAGCUCUACGUACAAGAGCUCCGUCCUGACUUCGCAGAACUUGUUGAGCUAUCUGGGGGUACGACUCCGUCAGAUCCUCAGAGUCCCCGCUCACCACUGGACAUUCGCUCCAGGCUGAACGGGGAAGCAAGUACAUCUAUGAUACAGAGAUCUGUAGUUUUGGAAGAAGCAGAAUCUCACAGUCCCACCCGGGUAAGCGUGGUGCAAAAGACCGUGAUCUAUGACAUCCCAACUACGGGUACAUCGCGGAGUGUGCAGCAGAGAACAGAGGAAGAACUGACGAGAAGCAUUAUGGAACAAGCCGGACUUACAGAGUCUAUAUAUCUUGAGCACCACGGUGAGUGGCAGGAAGUAACGUCCGAAGAACCUCCGCGUGGACCUACAUCGACACAGAGCCAAUCUGGCGAUGCCGAGCACAGCUCUAAAACAGAGUUCCGCGAAGACCUGCCGGAAGGACAUGACGCUGGGCCAACACGUUCUGACGACAGACCACCUACAAAUGGUGUAUCGACCUUCGAGGUGCAGAAGUGGGACAAACCGCUUGGACUUCCCACACCACCCGACCCUCCGAGUGCUCUACAUGGCCGACAGCCGAGUGUCUUCCACGAAACUUCGUUCACCUUCGGCCAGCGUUCUCAGGAUGCCACUUUCCAUGUCCAGCAAGACGACGAACCAUUAGGUCUUCCGACUCCACCCGAUUCUUCUCGUUCGAACGACGCCCGCAAAACACCCAAAGCAACCGUGCCAGGCGACGUGGUCUACGUCGACCUCACCUACGUUCCCCAUCAUGGUGAUCCUCAAUACUGUGGCGUAGAAUUCUUCAAUAGAGUUCGAGCCAGGUAUUACGUUCUCAGCGGAACUAGCCCAAGCCAGGACGUGUUAAAUGCCCUUUUAGAAGCGAAACGAUCAUGGGGAGAGCCAGAUGUUGCUGUAACGGUCAUCCCUACGUACGAGACUGACGCGCUCUGCUACUGGAUAGCUUUAAACCAGGAGGCUCUCGAAGAGCAGAAGAUUGACGUUGCACCGUCUGCGUCUAGAUGCACUAUCAAUUUGCAGAACCACGAGACAUCCUGUGCGGCAUACCGUCUAGAAUUCUAGUCAAGAAAUUGAAGCGUCGAAUUAUUGAGGUGUUGAACGCCGUCCUUUUUGUCUUAUAUGGAUGCGAAUUGUAUUUCAAGACUGAGCAGGCCUGUGACGAAUUGCUGGCUCCAUCCAACUGUCGUGCACAAAAUUCCUACUCAGUUGUGAAAUACGAUUAAAUGCGCUCUUUCUGCGAACGCGUUACACUUGAUAGUGCUGCGCACUGUUGAUAGAAGCUAAUGGUCCCCGACAAUGGACAAUAUAUACUUUAUCCAUAUUCUCAUUUUGUGUGAAUUAUCCGUUCCAACACGCAAAGGGCCAGCACGCGAUUCUAUAACUUGGUAUACGCUGGCAACGGCGCCGACUGUUGUCCAUCUUCGAAGGGGAAAACCCUCUCUCACUAAAAUCAAGUGUGUGUUGUACUCGACUUCCAAAAUGGUCCGGAUUUAGUUGUGACGAAGUCUGGUCAUCACCCCUAUCACCAUCGAAAGCGUCAAACAUAAAAAAAACUACGCAUAAUGCAAACGAUUUGUAGAAUUCCGACGGUCCUCUGCUUCCAGUUAUUCACCAGAGGAAUCGCCGAUAGUCCAGCUUCACCGAGGCCGGCAUCUACUUUGUGCUUCGGGAAUUACUUCUGCAGUUUCCCCCGUAUAUGGAUGCCGGUCUCGUAGUUCCUUUACAUAUAGAUUCGCCCUGUUUCCUGCUACGGAGCCCGUAUAGUCACUGGCUAGCAGGUGUAGACUUACGUAGGACCCUCUCAUGCUUGCGGUUUUCUUCCUCUCUGAGGAAGUGUAUUCUUCCUUUUCCCCUCAAGGUUGAGUUACUCAGCAGGUUCAGUUCUAAUAUCGAUGGCAUUAUUGCGUGUAUGAACGCGUUGACGCAUGGGAGACAGCUUUAGGUAGGAAUAUAUUGCAAUUGAAGUUCGAACAGGGCCGCAGGCCACGUAAUGUUCCUUGGGGAGUGUCCCGUUGACACUCUGGUUGAAUUCCGACCCUGUUCCUUUGUAUACUUAUGUAGCGUUGCACAUCCCGUUGUGCAACUAUUUCGUUUCUGCAGCAAAUAUUGUUUGAUAUAACUAUAGAAGGCUCUGUUGAGGCGACAGUAUAUACACGUCGCUAUGAUUGCCUAUACUUACAAGACAAAGUAACAUACAAUCUACUUAAAGCAUUUAGACUUGUUAGCAUGUCGUAUGUGGUAUACGUUAUAGAGAAGCUCAAAAUUUUGGUGUAGAUACUUUGAGGAAAAUCCUCGCUGACACUUUUACAGCGUAGGAGUGAGGGUUCAGUGUUUGCUUGAGAAAUAUAAUUUAUUUUCACCUUCCGUCAGUUUGACUCGGAACUCUUCGUUUUAAUUAUUUGUGUCAAGUUAUGUGUUAAGACAGACAUUCCCUGGCAAGGAAUAGAUUGGGAAAACAAGUGUCACUUCUGGUGUAUGAGCUUAACGGCUGCCGUAUGGCCAUCCUUGCUGAAGGUUUAAAGACUGCGCUUGAACAAAAGUGGUCAUGUGAUAUAUUUUGACGAUGUUCGGGACCGUAAGUUACAUGUAGACCUGACACACACACGUACGAAGCACUUCCAUUGGCACUCUACCAAGCUUGUCGUCUGCUUUCUUUUUACAUGUGUUGUGCCGGUGUUCUAACUUAUAAUGUGUUCUUCACAAAAGCGAACAUCUUGUAUAAUACUAUAGGUCAUGAAGUAGAGUUGGAAAGUGUGUGUACAAUAUACGGUUCAAUGCAGAUAUUUGUAUUGAUGAGUGGUUGCUUUUGCUGCAUAGCAGUUCAGAGUGCAGAGAGCUUCUGAGAAAUAUGUGUUGCUUGGUAUCCCGGCCGUGCAGGCGGUGUGGCUUAUUUUCCGCGCUUUGCAUAUAUCGGAACACGUGGUUUUUAGCGGCUCGCUAACUGCGGUUUUUAUAGGAUAGUGCCAAACGCCUUUUUCGAAAGCUAGUCUGAUCGCGACACCCACCUGUGUGUGUGUCUCUCUCUCUCUCUCUUCUGUAUUGUUUGGAAAUUGUUUUACAACGCAAAUUUCGCGUAAUGAAAUACAAUCAAAAGGUCAAUCGUUUUUGUCACGAUAAAUCAUUCUUUGGGUGUUUUUUUAUCCUCUAGAACGAUCUUUCCCUGUGGCUCAGGAUAUAAAAAAAAAAAAAAAAGCGCUGAGAACGCUUAUCAGCCUGCAUUUGGGUUUGUUUUUCUGAAAGGACCCCCUCCGUGGAAGCAAGCAAGAAGCCCAGGACGUUUACAGGUGCACGCGUGUCUGUGUAUAGUGGACACGGGAAAAGGGAGUGCUGCUUCAAGCUGUGCUUAAUCUUUAUUUCACAGGCAUUCAACUCAUUAACGAGACUUGCCACCUUUUCAGCGCACCGUCUCGGUUUCUCAUGUUCCAGUCGGCAAGUGUGUGUCUUGUUGCACUUAAGAUUUCAUUUGAAACCCGUAUACGUUAAUGCAAAUAGUGAAUAAAAGCACUGCAGCAACCUUGCUUUUU